AUGGCUGUCCUCUUCUGGGGAAUAUCAGUGCAAGAGAUCCCCCAUUCCGGAGAUGGUGUUUGCUGUUGGGUUCCUAUAAAUCCUCCUGUUUUUGUUACCUGUCCACAAGCAGUCCCAGGCAAACGUGACUAUUCUGAGAAUCAGGUGGUUUUCCAUUCCAGAACUGACACUUUUAUUUCCAUCUUGCAAGGGGUAUCAUUCAUUCAAGGCUGCUCCAGCAAAGGAUUGUGCUGUUUGCAUAAUUUGGUCUCGAUUUUCCUCCAACAGUGCAAAGUAAGCUUGAAAGCUUUAUACAUAACCCCCCCCCCCUUGAUAUUUGGGGAACUAUAG